AUCAAGAUGGCGGCACUCAAUUCAGAACGGUGGCUGAAUGACUUACCGAACCACACGAUAUUCAAAAUAAUAUGCGAGAAGUUGGAUUUGGAGUGCACCUCGAGUGAAAGAGGGAUCGCUAAGAACCUCACGUUUUGUUUGGGAGCGGAUUUUUUCGUGUGGGACGAUUCAGACCGCGUGUUUUACACAACCAACCUGCGGCAGUUAAACUCAGAGGAGAGCUCCAGUAGCGGGAAGUAUCAGACCUUGCUGUGCAUCAACCCGCCGCUCUUUGAAGUGUGCCAGGUGCUGGUGAGCCCGACACAGCACCAUGUCGCGCUGGUCGGUCAACGAGGCGUCUCGGUCCUGGAGCUUCCUCUGCGGUGGGGCAAGAGGUCCGAGUUUGAAGGCGGACGCAGCAAAAUCAACUGCAAGACCAUCCCGGUGGCUGAGCGCUUCUUCACCAGCUCACCGUCGGUCAGUCUGCGACAGGCUGCUUGGUACCCUAGCGAGACUGACGAGCCACAUAUGGUGCUGCUCACUUCAGACAACACGAUCAGAUUUUACGGCUUGAAGUCUCCGCAGACACCGGCCAAAAUCCUGCCAGUGUCGCAGUCAGAAGAUGAGAGCAGCCUCCACCCUCCGGUGCGUUCGUACGCAGCUUCUCUGGGAGAGAUAGCAGUGGCGUUUGACUUUGGGCCGAUUUCAUCCCCUCCUCGGCAGCUGCCAGGACAGGUCUCCAAAGACCAGCUGGUCUACCCUCUCUAUAUUCUUUACGAAAAUGGGGAGACCUAUGUGAGCUACACGAGCCAGGUAAACGGUAUAAGUCUGAGUAAACCCGUUGGACCUCUCCCCAUGUAUCCAGCAGCAGAGGAUAACUAUGGCUAUGAUGCUUGUGCCAUUCUGUGCCUGCCAUGUGUUCCGAGUAUUUUGGUCAUCGCCACAGAAACAGGCACACUGUAUCACUGUGUCGUGCUGGAGUCUGAAGAAGAGGACGACACGGGGGCAGUGGAAAAGUGGAUCCGAGGCACAGAGACAGUGCCAGCUCUUUAUGUGUUUGAGUGUGUUGAGCUAGAGCUCAUACUUAAAGUGGCAACGGGAGAGGACGAGGAGCCGCAAGAGUUUGAUUUCACCUGUCCAAUCAAACUGCACAGAGACCCCCUCUGUCAGCACCGGUAUCAUUGCACCCAUGAAGCAGGAGUGCACAGCGUGGGGCUAAUCUGGGUCAACAAGCUGCAGAGGUUCCUUAAAUCAGAUGAGGAGGAUAAGGACAGUCUCCAGGAGCUGGCUGCUGAGAAGCGCUGCAUUGUAGAGCACAUUCUUUGCACCAGACCGCUCCUGACCAGUCAGUCGGCUCCAAUUCGUGGUUUUUUGAUUGUGUCUGACCUUGCCUUGGGCGCCACCAUGAUCUGCAUCACCAGCACUUAUGAGUGCAUUCUGUUACCCCUUCUGAGCUCCAUUCGUCCUCCCUCCCCUCCCCUGCUUUGCUCCCACCCAGGUCUGGGCUCUGCCAGCUCCCCUCUGCGUGGGCUGGCCGAAGACUCCUUUGAGCAGCACAUUCGCAACAUCCUGGCACGGAGCUCCACCAAUCCUCUUGUACUUAAAGCUGGAGACAAGGACACAUCACCACCACCUCCAGAGUGUCUGGAGCUCCUCAGCAGAGCCACACAGGUGUUCCGUGAGGAGUACAUUCUCAAGCAGGACAUGGCUCGUGAAGAGAUGCAGAGGAGGGUGAAACUCCUGACAGGCCAGAAGAACAAGCAGCUGGAGGAGUUGUCUCUGUGCAGGGAGGAGAGGAAGAGUUUGAGAGAAGCAGCAGAAAGGUUGGCUGAUAAAUACGAAGAUGCAAAGUAUCGCCAAGAAACCAUUACGAACAGGGUUAAGAAAGUGUUGUGUAGCCUGCAAAGCCAGCUACCCAUACUGUCAAACAGUGAAAAAGAAAUGAAGAAGGAGCUGCAGACCAUCAAUGAUCAACUGAAACACCUGGACAACUGCAUCAGACAGGUGAACAUGAAGAUGGAGUACCAGAAGACACAAGUGGACAAGGAUAUGCCCGGAACUAGGGCAACAGUCUCCCUCAACGCUCCCCAGAAGAAGGUUGUUCAGGAUGUCCUCAAAGAACAAGGACAGCAAAUUGGUGACAUGAUGAAGCAGAUCAAAGACAUCAAAAAUCAUUUUAGUUUCUAAGCACUUGCAGAAAAAUGCUGGUUUUUUUCUGUAUAGUUGGGAAAAUAUUUCAAAUUUUCCAUGGAAUACACUGUUAUUACAUUUGCAUUUUUCUGACAUUUGAUAAGAAGCUGUAAUGAGUUCUUGAGCUCUAAGUGGUUGUGCUAUCUUCUUAUAUGCUAUAUCUUAUAUGUGCUAGUGUAACUUUACCUUUCAUACUAAAUGUUGUUCCUUAAUACAGAAUACAGAAAUACAAAAGGUUGGAUUUUCUCUUACAAAAAGUUGUAUAUUUUUACAUCAAUAUUUUUUACAUGUUAAUGAUUGAGUCACUAACAUACUCAGUUUAAUGUCCCAUGUAUAGGCAGGAAAAAUUACAAAUAAUUUGUGCUAAACUAACCUUAUACAGCUGUUUUCAAUUUUGU